UUUUGGCAGUUCCUAAGUUUUCAGCAUCUAUGUCCAGUUAUCACUUUGAACCUCUAUCCGGAGCACAGACUACUUUUUGAAGCUUGGAUUCCACUUCCAGAGAGCCGAAAAUGGCUGCUCUCCAAUUCUUCAAGUGUUACAAACCCUUGUUCCGAAUCCAAUCUCGAAAAAUCUUCAUUACCAGUGAUAGUAGUAACAAGAGUUUUCUGAAAACCAACAGGAAGAUAGUUAAGUUUCUUUGUUCUUCUUCCAUAUCGUUGGGUCACUCGAAUUCUUCGAAAACCAGCGGGUAUUGUGAGGAUGAUAAGAAAUCGGAAAAAAAUCAAUUAUGGUUGUAUAAUACGAUGAGCAAAGAGAGGGAAUUGUUUAAACCCAAGGUCGAUGGUAAAGUUGGAAUGUAUGUUUGUGGUGUUACUGCUUAUGAUCUCAGCCACAUUGGUCAUGCUAGGGUUUACGUUUCGUUCGAUAUCCUCUUCAGAUACCUACGGUUCAUGGGAUAUGAAGUCAAUUAUGUUCGAAAUUUUACCGAUGUUGAUGAUAAGAUAAUUGCUCGAGCAGGUGAAUUGGGAGAGGAUCCAAUCAGUUUGAGCAGACGCUUUUGUGAAGAGUUUCAUCGGGAUAUGGGAUAUCUUCACUGCUUGCCUCCUACUGUUGAACCUCGUGUUUCUGAUCACAUGCCUCAAAUCGUUGAUAUGAUAAAACAGAUUCUUGACAAUGGACGUGCCUACAGAAUUGAAGGUGAUGUAUACUUCUCUGUCGAUGAGUUUCCUCAAUAUGGACGACUCUCAGGGCGGAAGUUAGAAGAUAAUCGAGCUGGUGAGCGUGUGGCAGUGGACUCGAGGAAAAAAAAUCCAGCUGAUUUUGCUCUGUGGAAAUCUGCAAAGGAGGGUGAGCCUUUCUGGGAGAGUCCAUGGGGACCUGGAAGACCUGGAUGGCAUAUCGAAUGCAGUGCAAUGAGUGCUGCUUAUUUAGGUUACUCAUUUGAUAUACAUGGUGGUGGAAUGGAUCUUAUUUUCCCCCACCAUGAAAACGAAAUCGCUCAGAGUUGUGCUGCAUGUGACAAGAGCAAUAUAAGCUAUUGGAUACACAAUGGAUUUGUGACGAUUGAUUCACUGAAAAUGUCCAAAUCACUUGGCAACUUUUUCACAAUUCGGCAGGUUAUAGAACUUCAUCAUCCAUUGGCCUUGAGACUUUUUCUGAUUGGAACACACUAUCGAUCUCCUAUCAACUACUCUGAUGUACUACUGGAAAGUGCUUCUGACCGUGCUUACUACAUAUAUCAGACCUUGCAAGAUUGUGAAGAAGUUGCAGGCCAGCAGCUUGACCCAAGUCAGAAAGAAAAUAUACCUACAGAAAUAGUUGAUUGCAUAAAAAAAUUCAAUGAUGUUUUUCUUACUUCUAUGUCCGAGGAUCUUCAUUCUCCAGUUGUAUUGUCUGCAUUGUCCGAACCUCUGAAAACUGCCAAUGAUCUUCUGCAUACUCGUAAGGGGAAGAAGCAAGGAAUGCGAAUACAGUCACUUGCUGCUUUGGAGAAGACCGUCAGGAAUGUCCUCAACAUUCUAGGGCUCAUGCCAACAAGUUACCAUGAGGUUUUGCAGCAGCUAAGGGAAAAGGCGCUCAAGCGUGCAAAAUUGACCGAAGAUCAAGUUCUUGAAAAGAUCCAGGAAAGAAAUGCAGCACGGAAGAACAAGGAGUAUGAACGAUCAGACGCAAUUAGAAAAGACCUGUCUACACUCGGUAUUGCUCUCAUGGAUACCCCCAACAGCACAACCUGGAGACCAGCUGUUCCGCUUGCUAUGCAAGAACAGUGUGUCCCAGAAUCUUGAAAUUGUUCUGAUGCUUGGUUGAGAUGAGACCGAUCUCUACUAUCGUGUAAUUAUACGACGGUGAAAGCAAACGGAAUCACUUUGUUUUGUUUCAGAUAGUGUGGCUGGGUCCCGAUUCAGGGUUACUCUCUGAUUAGUACGGUUUGGUUUGCGGUUUUAGCUACAAGAACCAAAUGAACUAGAUAAUUUGUGUUUAUAUGUGAUUCUAUCUUGUAUCAGAAUCAUUCAUUUUAAUUACAUUUAUAAAGCAGAAUAAUCAACACUCGUUAUUCGUAAUGCUAUUUUGAGGAGUUUCUA